AAAAAUAGCUAAAACCAAUAUGCUAAGAUUAUUUUUCAUAUAACGGAAUUACAAAUGUGUAAAAACGUUCAGCUGAAAUACGUCAAUUUGUUAUAUUUUCGGCAAAUACGAGUCUCGUAAAAAUUGGAACUAAAAUUCGGAAGGCUUUACUCUUCGUAGUUUCGCGUAUUUUGGUCACAAACAAAACUCGCGUGUGCGGCCGCCGAACGCGCUCUCCUUGCUUCCCGCGCACAGCAGUGUUUUGUGUUUGCAAUAUCGUUGUUGUCGUCCAUAGCUUCAAUGCAUGACGAAUCAGAGCAACCAAACUUCCAUCUCCAGAGAACGCGUCGAGAAUUGACCCUGAAAUCGAAGCAGACUUACAGUAGCAGCAGACCCAUCAACAGCACUCUCUCUAUAAGUCGCUCAUCGUAAGCGGCCUACAACUCCGAUAAAUAGUUAAGUCGUCGGCGCAGCAACUUCUACUACGGCGCACAGACGAAGGCAAAAACAACAGUGUUACUUUGCUCGCUUCCUGUUCAAAACUCUGAAUUAAAAAUUUGGAUUAUAUCACAAGUUGUCUACAGCAGCACCAAAAACCAAAAUGUUGCGCAAUUCUGAAAAAGCCAUGGUGCGCAAAAUGCUGGAGGACACUCAAUUGGUGUGGGUAAGAGACCCUGCUGAUGGCUAUAUACAGGGUCGCAUUACGGAAAUCGGUGCCAAGGAGUUUGAAGUAACGCCAAUUGAUCGUAAAUUUCCGAAGCGUACGUGCCACUACGAUGACAUACACUCUUCGUGCGACGGACCCCAGGAUCAUGAUGAUAACUGUGAACUUAUGUUACUGAAUGAGGCCACUUUUUUGGAUAACCUCAAAACGCGUUACUACAAAGACAAAAUUUAUACCUAUGUGGCCAACAUACUCAUUGCAGUGAACCCUUAUCGUGAAAUCAAGGAGCUUUAUUCUUCGGAAACCAUCAAGAAAUACAAUGGACGCUCUCUGGGUGAAUUGCCGCCGCAUGUGUUUGCUAUUGCCGACAAAGCGAUACGCGAUAUGCGCGUGUACAAAUGCUCGCAGUCCAUCAUUGUCUCUGGCGAGUCGGGAGCUGGAAAAACGGAAUCAACAAAAUAUUUACUAAAAUAUCUGUGCCACUCCCAUGACAGCGCUGGACCCAUUGAGACUAAAAUUUUGGAUGCCAAUCCCGUGCUCGAAGCCUUUGGCAAUGCCAAGACCACUCGCAAUAACAACUCGUCGCGCUUCGGCAAAUUCAUUGAGGUGCACUAUGACGCCAAAUGCCAGGUGGUUGGCGGCUACAUCUCGCAUUACCUGCUUGAGAAGAGUCGUAUCUGUAGGCAAAGCUCAGAAGAGCGUAACUACCAUGUGUUCUACAUGCUCCUUGCCGGUGCACCGCAGCAGCUGCGGGACAAGUUGCAUCUGGGGAAGCCUGAUGAUUAUCGGUACCUCUCCGGUUGUACCCAGUAUUUCACGAAUGCGAAGACUGAACAGCUAAUCCCGGGCACCCAGAAGUCGAAGAACCAUCAACAAAAGGGCCCACUUAAGGAUCCGAUCAUCGAUGACUAUCAGCAUUUUCAGAAUCUGGACAAGGCUCUGGGUCGCUUGGGACUGUCUGAGUCAGAAAAGUUGGGCAUUUAUUCCUUGGUCGCUGCUGUGCUUCAUCUUGGCAAUAUUGCCUUUGAAGAAAUACCCGAUGAUGUCCGUGGCGGCUGCCAGGUAUCCGAGGCAUCAGAAAACUCACUCACCAUUACGAGCGGAUUGUUGGGCGUCGAUCAAACGGAACUACGUACCGCUUUGGUCUCUCGGGUCAUGCAGAGUAAGGGCGGCGGCUUCAAGGGCACGGUUAUCAUGGUUCCUCUGAAAAUCUACGAGGCAAGUAGCGCACGCGAUGCAUUGGCCAAGGCCAUCUACAGUCGCUUGUUUGAUCGCAUUGUCGGUCUGAUCAAUCAAAGCAUACCUUUUCAAGCGUCCAACUUCUACAUUGGCGUACUGGAUAUUGCCGGCUUUGAAUACUUUACGGUGAACUCGUUUGAACAGUUUUGCAUCAACUAUUGCAAUGAAAAGCUGCAAAAAUUCUUUAACGAUAACAUUCUGAAGAAUGAACAGGAGCUAUACAAACGUGAAGGCCUCAACGUGCCAGAAAUUACGUUCACGGACAAUCAAGAUAUCAUUGACCUGAUUGAAUCAAAGUCGUCUGGCAUAUUCACUUUACUGGACGAGGAGUCGAAGCUGCCAAAACCAUCGCCAGCGCAUUUUACUGCCGAGGUGCACAAGUCGUGGGCCAAUCAUUUCCGAUUGGGUCUGCCACGUUCUUCGCGCCUUAAGGCACAUCGUACUCUCCGUGAUGAGGAAGGUUUCUUGGUGCGCCAUUUCGCCGGAGCCGUCUGCUAUAACACGGAACAGUUCAUCGAAAAGAACAACGAUGCAUUGCACGCCUCGCUUGAGGGUCUGGUGCAGGAAUGCGAAAAUCCAUUGCUCAAGAUGCUUUUUCCUUCAGGCAGCAAUACGUCCAUACGCGGCAAGCUUAACUUUAUAUCCGUAGGUUCCAAGUUUAAGACGCAACUGGGCGAACUCAUGGAAAAACUGGAGCAAAAUGGCACGAACUUUAUUCGUUGUAUUAAACCCAACAGCAAGAUGGUGGAUCGCCAGUUCGAAGGCAGUCUGGCUCUGGCCCAGCUCAAGUGUUCCGGAACCAUUUCCGUGCUUGAGCUUAUGGAACAUGGUUAUCCAUCCCGUGUGCUCUUUGCUGAUCUCUACAGCAUGUACAAAUCGGUGCUACCGCCCGAGUUAGUGGCGCUUCCGCCUCGCACCUUUUGCGAGGCCAUGUUCCAGUCGCUCAAUCUUAGCUCCAGGGAUUUUAAAUUCGGGAUUACAAAGGUGUUCUUCCGACCUGGAAAAUUUGCGUCUUUCGAUCGCAUUAUGAAAUCUGAUCCCGAAAAUAUGUUGGCCAUCGUGGCCAAGGUGAAGAAGUGGCUCAUACGCUCCCGCUGGGUUAAGUCUGCAUUGGGCGCGUUGUGUGUCAUUAAAUUACGCAACCGUAUCAAAUUCCGCAACAAGUGCGUCUUGAUGGUCCAACGCACAGUGCGUGGGUUCCUAGCUCGCAAGCAUCAUCGUCCCCGCUACCAGGGCAUUUCCAAGAUCAACAAGAUACGCACGAACACCCUGAAAACAAUUGAGAUUGCGGGUGGCCUCAAAUUGGGACGCGAUGAAAUCGUUGAUGGUGUGAAGGAAAUUUACAGGCAGAUCGAUGAUGCCAUUGCAAAAAUUAAGUUAAAUCCACGUAUCACGCAGCGCGAAAUCGACUCAAUGUAUACUGUAGUUAUGGCCAAUAUGAAUAAGCUGACAGUCGAUCUGAACACGAAGUUAAAGGAGCAGCAGCAAGCCGAGGAACAAGAACGUUUGCACAAGAUACAAGAAGCCCUAGAAGCAGAAAGUCGUGCCAAGGAGGAAGAAGAACGACGACAGCGCGAAGAUAUGGAAAACAAGCGACUAAAAGCCGAAAUGGAAACUCGGCGCAAAGUUGCCGAAGCUCAGCGCUUGAAGCAGGAAGAAGAGGACCGCCGCGCCGCCCUGGCUCUCCAGGCACAGCUCGAAAAGGAAGCUAAGGAUGACGCCAAAUAUCGUCAACAACUCGAGCAGGAGCGUCGGGAUCAUGAAUUGGCCCUGCGUUUGGCCAGCGAAUCCAAUGGUCAAGUCGAAGACAGUCCGCCUGUGAUACGCAAUGGUGGUGUGAAUGACGUAUCCCCCAUGGGCCCCAACAAACUGAUCAGUUUUUCACAAGUUGUGUCAAACAUUGCUUCGCGAUAUUUAAAUAAAUCCGAGAAUGUGCGAGCACAGCAACAGGCGCUGGGAAAACAGAAAUAUGACUUGUCCAAGUGGAAGUAUUCGGAAUUGCGGGAUGCUAUCAAUACAUCGUGUGAUAUCGAACUCCUUGAGGCCUGUCGUCAAGAAUUCCAUCGUCGUUUAAAGGUUUACCAUGCCUGGAAGGCAAAGAACCGCAAACGCACCACCAUGGAUGAGAAUGAACGUGCACCUCGAAGCGUUAUGGAGGCAGCAUUCAAGCAACCACCUAUUGUGCAGCCCAUACAGGAGAUUGUGACAGCACAGCAUCGGUACUUCCGUAUACCCUUCAUGCGCGCCAAUGCACCGGACAACACUAAACGCGGCCUAUGGUACGCUCACUUCGAUGGCCAGUGGAUCGCACGCCAAAUGGAGCUGCAUGCCGAUAAGCCACCCAUUCUGCUAGUUGCCGGCACGGAUGACAUGCAAAUGUGUGAGCUGAGUCUGGAGGAGACGGGACUGACGCGGAAGCGUGGCGCCGAAAUACUUGAGCACGAGUUCAACCGCGAGUGGGACCGGAACGGUGGCAAGCCGUACAAAAAUCUCGGUACAAAGCAGAAUGGGCCGGUCAUUUAAGUUGAACUUGGGUGUGUCAAUGGAUAACUGCAAUUAAGGAACAAGAUAUAAAAUCAAAUUUUAAUAUGCCGUUGAUUGUCCAAAGUCAAAAUUAGAAUCAGUAUGAAAUUUUCAAUAUUUUUGCAUUCAUUUUGGUAAAAACUUCAUGUCGAUACAUAAAUUUAUACAUUAUUCAAAAUUAUAUAAAUAUUUAUGUAUAUUAUACUGUAA